UAAUUUUAAGUUUGCAAUUAUGCGCUCCAUUGAUAUUAAUGAUAGGGCAAUAAAAGAGGCUUUUAAGAGCUACAAACAUUCACUAUCACGUACUAAGAAGAAUUUUUUUCUACAAAAGAGGAAAUAAUAAUGAUUCCAAAGUGAUAAUGCCAAAAUAUGAGAAACACUUUAAUAAGUAUAAUACCAGGCAGAAUUCUCCAGGAAGCAAGAACCAAUUUAGAGAAGAUAUCCAUGGCAACUCUAAAAAUCACCAAGUGUUUUAUAAAGUCAACCAGAAUUUUCAAGCCCCAAGGCGAAGAAUUGAGACUGGGAAAAUAGACUUUGUGCUUGGCCGGAAAAAUUCUAAAAGAACGCUCCCAGAAAGGAAGAUUCCUAAUGAUAGUACAUAUUGGAACACGCCUCAUACAAAAUCUUUGACUCGUGAGAAAUUUACCCGGAGAAAUAGCCCAAAAGAAUCUUGGAAUACCCCUUUAUCACAGAAAAUCGAUAUGAAAUUUUCAACUGUUGAUAAUAUUCUCAAGAAUGGGGGCACCUCCCAGAAAGUAAUAGAGAGUACUAAAGCUCACAGAACCAAACGGUUUAAUGCAACUCAUCAUUUUGAAAAGAGAAGGAAUGAUAGAAUAAUAUCUGAGGAAAGAAAAGAAGCAAUUCCCGUAGCUGCAGUCCCUGAGAUUAAACCCUUUAAAGGAGCUGUGAUUAACCCAACCAAAAUUAUUAAGGAUUUUUAUGAAAAAGAGAACACCAAUGUCGUUGAAGUGUUUGAAAAAUCUCGAACUGGGUUCAUCCCGAUCGGCCCUGAAACAGGAUUUCAAGGAAAAACCAAUCAAGAUGCCUAUAUGACAAUUGAAUCUUUUUGUGGAGUCCCUGGCCAGUAUUUUCUUAGUGUAUUUGACGGUCAUGGAUACAAUGGACAUAGAGUGUCUAAAUAUAUCAAAAAAAGGCUUCCUAGGAAUAUCAAAAGCAAGGCUUCUGAGAAACCUAUCAGCUAUCUCGAGAAGAUUGUAAAGACCAAGGAUGACGGCAACCAGAUCAUUCAGACCUUCAACAGCAGAAGAUCCAGCAUGCCUAGCAAUGAUGAAGAAAUGCAUGACUCCCAAAAUAUCUUUGAUUUAAUUGGGAAAGAAGGUGUUAGGAAGAGGAAAAUUAUUCAACAAAGUUUUUACCAAACUCAUGCAGAUUUAAAAUAAGCAGAAGUUUGACAUAGAGUUUUCAGGUACAACGGCAGUCAUUUGUAUUGUAAGCCCAAAUGGCACACUUACUUGUGCUAACCUUGGAGACUCCAGAGCGAUUCUUCUUAGCCAAUCUGCUAGGGAAUGGAAAUGUAGCUCACUUUCCAGGGACCAUAAACCUGAAGAUAUGGGAGAAUAUGACAGAAUUCUUAAAUAUGGGGGUAGAGUUGAAGCCUAUAAAGAUGAACAUGGGAAGGAUUACGGGCCUAAAAGAGUUUGGUUAAGUACUCAAAAUUUACCAGGUCUCGCUAUGAGCCGAUCUUUUGGAGAUUUAUGAGCGUGCAGAGCUGGAGUAAUCCAAAGUCCAGAAUUCAAAGAGUAUACUCUUACAAAUAACGAUAGAGCAAUCGUUCUUGCAAGUGAUGGAGUAUGGGAGUUUUUGAGCAAUAAAGAUGUAAUGAACAUUCUCAUCCCUUAUAUCGAAAAACGCAAUGAACAAGCUGGAAUUAACGAAGUUGUUAAAAGAAGUGUUGCUCAUUGGAAGAAAGAAGAUACAGUCAUUGAUGACAUAACUAUAGUUUUAGCAGUUCUUUCAUCCAACCCAAAUGAAGGUUUCAAGACCUUAAAGGCCUCUUCUCAUGUACAGAGCCAGCCAGAUCUAAAACAAAGGCCUAAUUUCUACAAUCUAUAAAA